GAGCAGGGAGAGAGAGAAAAAGGAAGCUCUCGGGUAACUUUGGUGUAUUUUUCUCCAAAGAUACACAAAGUUUGUGAGGCAGGAAGGGAUUUGAGGCCCGGUGUUGACGGCGGCGGGGGGCAGGAGUCUGAGGGUCCUGGAGGAGAGCACUUUGUCUGCAGUCGUGCACAGCUGAUGACAACAUUAAAUGUUGAGAGUGCGUGAGGCCUCGGGCCUGGACGGGCUCCACAGACACUAGGUGAGCAAGGCACUCCUUCUUAGGAAACAGAAUCGAACUGGCAACCGCUGUGGCUCACACACUGUUAGUGGAUCAUUGAGAAGCAGCGAGUGUUUAUCAGUGACCGUGGCACAAAGAACAGGAACUGCAUGGCUGACAGUACCAAAGUACACACUGUACUGUAGUAUUUCUCUGAUUAAAGUAAACAAAAAGACAUUCUGAUCCAGUACGCCGUCUUCUGAUCCUGGACAGAAAAGUGAGACGAUGUCCUCAGACCUGGAUUCUAGUCUUACCAGUAUAGACUGGCUGCCCCGGCUGGGAAUCAGCAGUCUACGCUCUGGAAAAGAGAGAGGAGCAGGAGGAGCAGGAGGAGGAGAGAGGCAGAAGAGGAAAGACAGUGUGAGGGAGAGGGGGGAGCUGCAGCCCCCUGUGCAGGAGCCCAUUCCGUCCAACUCCAAAGGUAAACCCCCCCACAGCUAUGCCACCCUCAUUGCCAUGGCGAUAUCAGCAGCUCCAGAGAAGAAGCUGAGUCUGAAUGACAUCUACACCUGGAUCAGUGACACCUUCCCGUACUACAGCCGAGCGGGCCGCGGAUGGAAGAACUCCAUCAGACACAACCUGUCACUGAAUAAAUGCUUCAGAAAAGUCCCUCGACCACAGAGCGACCCCGGAAAGGGUUCUUAUUGGACCAUGGAUGGACCUGCAGAGGGCAGUCAAGCGAGGGCUCCAAAGCGUCCGUGUCCACAGGAGGACGAGGACAGUCCUCAUGCUCCUAAGAUACUCAGGACCCCCGUGGACAGACGACCCUCCCCACAUCAAAGCCACGCCCCGUCCUACUCAGACCUGGAGCCGAGCACAGAUCCACUGAGAGCCAUCAAGCAGCCCUCACCCCAGCCUGCCUCCCUCUCUCCCCCCCCAUGCAUCAAGCAAACAUCAGCCUUCAUGCCCAGUCCAGGCUCCUGUCUCCCUGUCCCUCACCCGUCUCCAUCGACUCUGGCCUCUGUGGCCUCCAUGAGUCCAGCUCCUCUCCUCCACCCACCUGGUCCUCCUCCUGCUGCACCUCCUGCUGCUCCCUCUUACCCCGUGGCCACACUGGCCUUUCCUGCCAACUCAGGAUCUGGAUCUGGAUCUGGAUCUGGAUCAGGAUCUGGAUCCACCUUCUCUUCUGCUCCUAACAUGACUUCAGUGUCCACCUGCACUGUGUUAGGACUGACUCACCCGACUCACCCGACUCACCCGACUCACCCCCUGCCGUCUGUUGCCUCAUUGAACGUCACCGUUGACCCACCAAUGCGUUUCACCUUCGAUGACCUUCACCAGAGUUCACCAGACCUGUUUGAAUCCUUCAAGUCGUUUGUCAAGACUGUACGUGAGCGAGGAGGCUCCCAGGCUGAUGGAGCUGCGUUAGCUCUGCCAACCAAUGACAUCACACCACUUCACACUCCGACCCUGCCGCCCAUGUCUCCUCACCCUGCUCCACCUCCACCUCCAACCGCCGCCCCCCCAGCUCACCCACCUCCACAAUACACGCUGCCGCCUGAUUGGUUCAGCAACACCGAUUCGCUGAAGGAGAGUUUUCGCAUCGCCAGCAGUUUGGACUGGGCAAACAUCGACCUCUCCAACCACCCAGAUCUGCUGCAGAGCAUGAGACAAGCAGAACUCUGUGACUGGGCUCUGGACCCUGCACUCUUCAACUCCCUCUGUGAUUCUCUGAACCGCUUCUUCGCCCAGAAAGGCAUGAUCACCUCUGGAGGGGGCAUGAUCACCUCUGGUGGGGGCAGCUCCCCAGUGUCCCACGGUGGACUCAACUCCAAUCCUCCUCCCACCCUGGCUAGUCUCACCCACCCCUCCCCACUCCCAUAUCCUCCAAUGACUCACCCUGCCAACGGAGCGCAGCCCCCACGCAGAGCUCUGCACCUGCAGACACCUGCGCUCCAACGACAGCAGCAGCAGCAGCAGCAGCAGCAGCAGCAGCAGCAGCAGCAGCAGCAGCUAACACUCACUGCUAACACAACAGCUGGAGUACAGUCCCACGCCACCACCACAACUCGACAGCGCCCCCCAUUAAAGAAUCUGCACAGCAACAGUGAGGAGUUUCAGGACGACUUCGACUGGGACUCGCUGGUUUGACUCUCACCGAGACAAAGAGACAAAGAGACAAAGAGACAAAGAGACCAGACUCUUCAGUAUCCUGUGGACUACGCUCUAUGCAGACGAUGCUGCGCUGCUGCAGGUUUGGGCUCAUGUUGUAUCACAAGACUAAAUGCUGUACGUUAAGGAUGUCAUUUUUGUUCAAGCGUAUUCAAAUGCAUUUGCUGUCAUAUCAUUUUAAUAGAUUAUUUUCUGCAGUUAAAUAUCAGGGUUUGAUUGUUUGAUUAACAUAAUAAAAAUAUAGUCCAAAUGUUUUCUCUCGACUGAGGACGUUCUUCACACCAAGAAUGAAACAAGUCAAACACAAGUCUUGUGUUUUUAUUUUAUUCCAUAAAUUUCUUUUGAUUUUUUUUUUUUACCAUUUUUCUUUGCAAAUGUGAAUGUUCACAGUCAACACCACACAAAAAUCAACCGUACCCAAUAAAAGAUUUUUUUUUCUUGAUAUAAAAUAAAUUCAUCUAAACUAAAU